ACAACAUAUCUUUUUUUUUUAAAUAUUAAAAUUGAUAUUUCUUGAUUUCAGAAUCAAGAAUGUAGUUGUAUUUUAAUCCAGAAUGCUUUACUAAGCCACCUCUUAACAUCUUUAUGUUUCCUAUAGUGGAUGAAAAAUUAUACUGGACGAAAGGAACUGCUGAAAUAGAUGAAGGAAACAGAGGCGAUGGAAACAAGGUUGAACUAGAGGAGCAAAAAAUAACUAAAGAAAACCUUAGGAAGAGAAUGUGUGAAGUAAAGGAACUGGAUAUAACAGCUGACAAUCUGGUCAAGUCUCUAGAAAGUUCAUUGAAAGAAAAAGAGCAUGAGGUGAAACAGGAGCAGCAGAGAAACAGAGAGCUGGAUGCCAAAUUUAAGAUUCUACUCCAGGAGAAAGAAAGUAUUGAAGCUCAGCUUCAAAAAAUACUUGAUAAUCAUUACACAGAGAAGUCAGAGUUGAGUUCUAAGAUUAAAAGUCUUCAAGAAGAGAAAAAAACCCUCAAAGAUGAACUUGCUGCUCUUGAGGAGCUAAAUGCCCAACUAGUGGAAGAAAGCAAUCACAUAAAUACCAACCAGAAAAUCCAGCUGUGUGACAAGAAAAAUGAGAAAAAACAAUGAGCCAACAAAGGUCAAAGAGCAAAACAAACAAUGUGAACAUUUGAGCGACUCUGACAGCACUGAAAUAGAUCUAAAAAAGGUUCAAGACCAGAAAAACAAGUGGUACUUAGAAAAAGCUCAAGGUUGUUGUGUAUCUAGGAGUGAAGAGAACUUGAGAAACACAAGCAAUGAAGUUAGUAACAUAAAGUCAAGGUUGAUACCAAUAUGAAAAAGAGUGAGUUUUCACAGCAUGACAGUUUUUUCUUAGAAGACUUUUCACAGUGUCAACUUUGUAUUGUGGCUUUCUUCAAUUGUCAUUCAUAAAGAUCAGUGAAUUUUGUUAAUUCCAGAUUUGAAAUUUUGUAACUUAAUGCUGUUUGUGCUCUUACUGUGAUUAAAUACUGCAUUG